AUGGGCCCAGUGAUCCCAGUAUGGAACUGGGAAUGGGCCCAGUGCUCCCAGGGCGUGGCCUGCGCUGAGGCGGGCACUCGCUGCGCGGGGAGUGGGCGUGGCCCCGCGCGCUGCAGGGGCGUGGCCUGCGCUGAGGGGACUCUCCAAGAUGGCGGCGGCGCUGUGGGCGCUGCUCGCGGCCGUGGCCGCGCUCGGGCCGGGCCCGGGGCCCGCGGGGGCCGCGCAGCUCCCGCUGCUGGUCUGGAGCACGGAGCGGUCGCUGUGGCCCCCCAGGCCGUGCCCGGGGGCCGGGCGCUGUCGGAGCCGGAGCUGCAGCAGCUGCUGGAGCCGGGGCUGCGCCGGGGACCCCGCACGGUGCUGCUCUUCCUGCAGGACCAGCUGUCCCUGGAGGAUUUCACGGCGUUCGGGGCCGUGUUCGGGAACGAGCCCAACGGAGCCUUCCCGCGGCUGCAGGAUGCCCUGGGGUCAGCAGGGUCAGCGCUGACCCUGCCCCGGGUGGCCGCCGCCGCCGCGGCCGCGCUGCCGCUGACCCUGCAGCGGGCCCUGGGCGCCCCUCCCCCCCUGCAGCUGCCCGGGGGGGCCCUGGGGGGGCUGAGGCUGAACCGGACGGAGCCCGAGAGAGACCCCGGGGAGCCCGCGGUGCUGCUCGUGGGGCUGCCCCACAGCCGCUCCGGCCUGAUGGGACCCAGAGAGGCCCUGACCAGUAACGACGCCGUGCUGGGGGAGGUGCUGCAGGUGCUGCAGGAGGAGCAGAUCCCGUACACGGCGCUGCUCACCGCCCGCGCGGCCACCGUGAGUGACCAGCAGUGA